GGAACAUAACAAACUUAUGAAAUAAAAAAAUCAUCCUAUUAUUCUAGUACGUUAUGUCCACUUCUUCUUCAGUUUGUGUAGAUGUGUUUGCCAUUGGGGAGCAUGAGACAAAGCUUGUGGAACCAGAAGAAAGUGUCACUCCAAAACCAUUGUUGAUAUUUACACCAUUAGAAGCUGGAGAAUAUCCAGUAUUGAUUUUACUACAUGGUCAUCUUCUUAAUAAUUCCUUUUAUUCCCAGCUUAGUCAUCAAAUUGCUUCACAUGGCUUCGUACUUGUCGUACCCCAGUUAUAUUCAGUAGCAGGAUGUGAUGCGACUAAAGAGCUGGAGAACGUAACCGACAUAACCAACUGGCUACCUGAAGGACUUCAAAAGCUUCUUCCAUCUCAAGUAAAUGCAAACCUAACAAAGCUAGGACUAGCUGGCCACAGUCGUGGAGGAAAAGUUGCAUUUGCCCUUGCACUAAAUAAAGUCAAAACCGACUUGAAGUUGAAAUUUUCAUUAUUAAUUGGGAUUGAUCCUGUUGAUGGAUUGGUUAAGGGAAUACAAACAACGCCAAAAGUUCUUACUUACAUUCCACAUUCAUUUAAUAUUGGCAUGCCAGUGAUGGUCAUUGGUUCGGGUCUUGGGGAAGUACAAAAAAAUCCCCUGUUCCCAGCUUGUGCUCCAAAAGGGGUAAACCAUGAAGAGUUUUACAACGAGUGUUGUAAACCAGCUUGUUAUUUUGUUGCAAAAGAUUAUGGGCAUCUUGAUAUGCUCGAUGAUGAGACCAAAGGGAUUAAAGGGAAGGCUACUCAUUGCUUGUGUAAGAACGGAAAGUCAAGGGAACCCAUGAGAAGAUUUGUUGGAGGGGUUGUAGUUGCUUUCUUGAAAGCCUAUUUUGGAGAGGAUUUUAGUUAUUUGAUUGAUAUAAAAGAUAAUGAAGGUAAACCCGUGGAGCUCCAGAAAGUUGAUUUUCUGGUCUGAAGUUUUAAAUCCGUCAUAGUUAUUGGAAGCAUUUUGACUCUAAUAUUAUAACUUGGAAUAUCAGCUUUUCUAUUGAAAUGCUUCUUAUAAUAAUCGUCAAGAAAUAGCGUCUCUUAUCCUUCAAGAAUUUAUAUACUUCUCUACUAAAGAAUGUCUGGUUAAUGUGGAUUAAUAUACGAGCAUUUUCAAUUUGUCUAAUAGAUCUUCUUAAUUAAUCAAACAUGUUUAAGUUGUGAUUCUUGUGUAAUAUGGAAGACAUUGUUUAAUGUUAA